CCGGCCACCGCGGAGUCUAGCUGUUCUUCGUUCCUCCCUGCCCCCUCCGUGCGUGCCGGGGUCCAGCGGCCCUGCCCGGGGCAGCGGCAGCCCGAGCCCGUCUCUUCAGAAUGCCAAGAUGAGCGGCGGAGCGGGCGUCGAGCUGGACGCCGCUUUGAACGGCCUCCACUGCCACGCGUGGCCUGUCUCCGUAAGCUCCAGGCUGGGGACCGCAGUGCCUGUGAGGCAGCUGUGCAGCCUGCAAUGAAAAGGCCCCGCAGACCCUCACCUCCAGGCUGGGAAGAGGGUCCUGCAUAGCCUCCGUCUUUCACGGAGAAUGCAGAAAGCAUGGCCAUGAAAAAGAAAUCUCACCUCGUUAGGAGGGAGUUUCCUCCCAGGGAGGUGUCAUCGGUCUCGUUGGCAUUGCUGCUUGCAGCCAUCCUGCUACUUAAUGCCCUUCUCUACCUGUACCUCAGCAAGUUUCACAUCUCUUCAGGACGUGCUGAAACAGACCCUACCCUCUGCCCUUUUGGGUACUUCAAACUGGGAGCAGCGAAGAAUUGCUCUCCAUGGCUCUCCUGUGAAGCCAUAAACAGGGAAGUCAGGAAACUUAAGCGUGUUGGUGAAGGUGCUGUGAAAAAGGUCUUCCUUUCUGAGUGGAAGGAAAACAAGGUGGUCCUUUCACAGCUUACCAACUCAGAGCUGAAGGAGGACUUUCUCCAUGGACUGAAGAUGCUUAAAGCACUUCAAAGCAAGCAUGUUGUCCGGCUGCUUGGCUUCUGUGAGCAGCAGUUCACAAUCCUCACUGAGUACCACCCUCUAGGCUCUGUGAGGGGCCUGAAUGAAACUCUCCACAUGCCCAAGUACAAGGGCAUGAACACCUGGCACCGCAGGCUGAUGCUUGCCAUAGACUACGUGAGCAUCAUUCAGUACCUGCAUGGCAGCCCAAUGGGCACCUUGGUGAUGUGUGACUCCAAUGACCUGGACAAGGUCCUCUCUCAGUAUCUCCUAACAAGUGACUUCCACAUCCUGGUGAACGAUUUGGACGCUCUGCCUAUAGUGAACAGGAGUGCUGGCAGGCUGGUGAAGUGUGGCCAUCGGGAGCUCCAGGGCAAGUUUGUAGCUCCUGAGCAGCGUUGGCCCUAUGGAGACGAGGUACCCUUUGAGGAUGACCUCAUGCCUCCCUAUGAUGAGAAAACAGACAUAUGGAAAAUCCCAGAUGUCUCUAAUUUUUUCUUGGGCCAUGUUGAAGGCAGUGAUGUUGUGCGACUGCAUUUGUUUGACAUCCAUGCAGCAUGUAAGAAAGAGGACCCGUCUGAAAGGCCUUCUGCCCAAGAGGUCUUGGACACCUACAGGAAAGUUUUAACUCUGCUUAUUCAGGAGGCAGCCAUGCCUGGUACUAGGGAAAUGCUGUAGUGAGUCAUGAGACAACAUACUGAAGCUGAUGUCCUUCCUAUUUAUUUAUGUUGCCUGAAGGGCAAACUCUCUGUUCCCAAAAGUGAGAUGAAAAUAAUGAUUGAGCUUCUACCUCUUGAAUCUAAAAAAUAAAUAAACUAAUAAAACCCACUCGAUGCUGGAGCUGUGCAGUCUUCCCAUUGGCAUGUUAAACCUAUCAUUGGAAAGGAGGAGGAGGAAAAAAUGAAGUUGUGUGGGUGCAGGAGGAAAUUUGUUCCUUAAGAAAUAACGAAUGUCUUUUGCAACAUUUACACAACAGCUCUAUUAAAAAAAUUGCACACAAAAAGAAUUAAAACCAAAUAUUGGUCCACUUAAACUGAUUGGCAGAUGACUGCAGAGCAGAGACAAUGGCAUGUCUCCCACAAGCUUUGUGCUGAUUCCUGUGGCUUUGGCCCUUGUCUUAUCCACAAUGCCCUCACCCACUUUCCCAUGGAGUAAAAGCAGUGGUGACUCAGAAAGGAGCACCCCCGUUCACCUCAGGUUUUGCUGAGCCCUGAUGC